AUGUUGCUAUCAAGAAAUGUUGGACAAUUUAAAAGGGCAAAUCUUUGUAGGAUUUUGAAUGGGAUAUGCCGUCAGAGCAGCUGCAAAAGAAUAUGUAGUAAAGAUGGAAGACGAGCCAGAAGAAUGAUGUGCCAUGUAUCAGGGCGCAAAGAGCAACUAGAUACUGUUAUCAGAAAGAAUGAAAAUAUUGAAUUACCAACAAAGCCAAAAUCAUACUUUGAAGGCAAAGAUAUUCGCCCAUUUUCUGAGUUUCUGACCGACAAAUUUGGUAGAAAACAUACAUAUUUAAGAAUCUCACUAACUGAAAGAUGUAACUUGAGAUGUCAAUAUUGCAUGCCUGUAGAAGGUGUCACUCUCACUGAAGCAGAAAAAAUAUUGAGUACUGAUGAGAUUAUUAAAAUUGCUGAACUGUUUGUGAAAGAAGGUGUUACCAAAAUAAGAUUAACUGGUGGUGAACCCCUGGUCAGAAAAGAUAUUGUAGAGAUAUGUGAGCAACUGUCUUCCCUGGAGAACUUAGAAGUUCUUGGAAUGACAACAAAUGGAAUCACUCUUUCAAAGGGACUUGAUGCUUUAAAGAAAGCAGGCUUGACACAUUUAAACGUCAGUCUUGAUACUUUAGUUCCUGCAAAAUUUGAGUUUAUUACAAGACGAAAAGGGUGGAAUCGCGUUAUGGAAGGCAUUGAAAAGGCUCUAGAACUUGGUUUCAAUCCAGUAAAGAUAAACUGUGUUGUCAUGAAUGGCUUGAAUGAAGAUGAAGUUUGUAAUUUUGUUCGGCUCACAGAAAACAAGAAUAUCGACGUUCGUUUCAUUGAAUAUAUGCCAUUUGAUGGUAAUAAAUGGAAUUACAGCAAGUUUGUGCCUUAUCAGAAAAUGCUGGAACAGAUUGCUGUGGAAUUUCCCAGUAUCAAAAGAUUAAACGACCAUCCAAAUGACACAUCAAAGGCCUACUACGUCCCAGGGAUGGCUGGCACCAUUGGUUUCAUCACUUCAAUGAGUGAGCAUUUCUGUGGAUCUUGCAACAGACUCAGAAUCACAGCAGAUGGAAACUUAAAGGUGUGUCUGUUUGGUAAUGCUGAGGUAUCCUUACGUGAUGCUGUCCGAAGUGGAAUGUCCGAUGAAAGUCUUCUUGAAAUAAUUGGAGCAGCAGUUGGAAGAAAGAAGAAGCAGCAUGCAGGUAUGUUCAACAUUGUAAAACAAAAGAAUAGGCCGAUGAUUCUUAUUGAAGAAGUUUAUGGUAAUGGAUUGAUACAGAGGAAGAAAGAAUUGACUGACAAAAGCAAAUACAUUCUGUUUGGGUUACGCUGCGUUGAAAAAGGCCAAAUGACACCAGGGAGUACUGAAUGCGGAGGCCUUGCCAGAUCGAGGCAUUUCUUUAAUAACAAAGGGUUACAAAGUAGAUAUCCAAGUUCAAAGUUCCCAAACCUUUUAAAAGGUCUCCCGGAAUCAAAGUUUGUGUCUUCAAGGAAUUUCUGUUCGAGCAGCUCUGAAAAAGAACUGACACAUUUACGGAAGGAUGGCAAAGCAAAUAUGGUUGAUGUUUCAGACAAAGCUGUGACAAAGCGUACGGCAAUUGCUAAAUGUGAAGUGUAUCUUGGAAAGACUGUGUUUGAAGCUGUUCAGAAGAGUGAAAUUAAAAAGGGAAAUGUGUUAGAUAUUGCCAGAAUAGCAGGGAUAAUGGGGGCAAAGCAGACGUCAUCUUUGAUACCUCUUUGUCACAAUAUCCCUUUGAGCAAGGUAUCAGUGGACUUUGAAAUGAAUCCCAAGAAAUAUUCUGUUAUCAUAACAGGCUCAGCUUUGUGUGUUGGACAGACUGGUGUAGAGAUGGAAUCGCUUAUGGCUGUAUCAGUUAGUGCACUUACUGUUUAUGACAUGUGCAAGUCGAUUUCGCACGAUGUCACUAUUGAGAAGAUAGAAUUGGUCGCCAAAACCGGCGGUAAAAGUAAAUAUUUUGCAAAGCAAUAUGGUACAACUUAGCUACGGCUAUAACCUCGAAACUGAGUUUAAAUGCUUUGUUUGGGAAUGGCAAUAUAUAGUGUAAAACAGUUUGACAGUUUGAAACUGGAGACUUCAAGGGGAUAUUUCUUAGCUGAAUUUUCUUCAUGACUAGUUUUGCAAAGGCGAGAUUAUCUAGACUCCAACUUCGCGAGGGCUAAAGCUUUCCUCUGGAAUUUUUUGACAGGUUUUGCUUCCUCUAGACUGAGCUUAUUGAUAAACGACAGCCUUUCGGAAAAUUGUAAUAAAGGCAGUAUUCUUUCUCCUUUUAAGAACGGCAUGCUAAAAACUGUACUUUUAGUAGUCAAAAUUUUCACCAAAAGGAACUGUUUGAUAUUUUGAAGUUUUAUUGUCAGAUUCGGAAUUCUUCAUUAUAAUUUUACCAAUUUUUAGCCUCUUUACGACAACGUUUUAAUUUCCUUCCUUACGGGAAAAUUUAAGCUCGCCGUCUAUGCGAGAAGACUCAAGAGGGAAAGCUUUCUAUUUUUCAGAUAGAAAUCUUAUCAGAUUUGUAUGUUUUGUAUGUAUUAGAACUAAUCUCUAUUAACCGAUUACCAUCGAAAGAUCUCUUUCUAUAGAAACAGGAGAUUGAAAUUGUAUAGAUUUAUAUGGAAUAUGAUUUUUUAGACCUGAUAUUUUUGCAGAGAAUUGUUAAAUCCUAGAUAUAUUGAUAUUGUCAAAAUUUUGUAGAA